AUGGGCUUUUUAGUUUCUACAUUGACAUUGAAACUAAAUGACAACAAAUUUGAGGGAGAAUUGCCUUCGUCCAUGAAAAAUUGCAGAAGUCUUUUACUUUUUGAUAUUGGAGAGAACCAGUUAUCAGGGCUGAUACCUAAAUGGUUAGGGGUUGGACUUCCAAAUUUGGCUAUCCUCAUCUUUCGGUCUAAUCAUUUCUAUGGAAGCAUCCCAUUGGAGUUAUGUCAUCUAACACAGAUGCAAAUAUUGGAUCUUUCCAUGAACAACAUCUGGGGAAGUAUACCCAAAUGUCUUAACAAUUUGACAACUUUGGCUCAAAAAGGAUAUUCAAAUAUUCUAACCAUUAGCCAUUCAUUUGACUUCGCUGGCGAUGAUAAAGGGGGUGCUAUUUUGAAGUAUGACGAUGAAGUGUCUUUGAUAUGGAAAGGAGCCAUGUCCAAAUACAAAAGUACACUGGGACUUCUGAAGACUGUUGAUCUCGCUAGCAACAGAUUAAGUGGAGAGAUUCCAAGUGAAAUUGCUCAACUUUCUGGUUUGGUUUCUUUAAAUUUGUCGAGAAACAAAUUGACAGGCCAAAUAACUCCAGAGAUUGGAAAGUUGCAGUCAUUAGAUUCUCUUGAUAUUUCCAGAAACCAGAUAGAUGGUGCAAUUCCAACAAGCCUUGCUCAGAUCGAUCGACUUGCUUACUUGGACCUGUCAUAUAACAAUUUGUCUGGCGAAAUUCCAACUGGUACGCAGCUCCAAACCUUUGAAGCAGCUUUUGUGGGAAACCCUCAACUCUGUGGACCUCCACUACAUAAUUCUUGUUCUCAAGAAGAAGCAAGUCCAGGGAAAGCAAACUUGGUGAAUCAGGAAGAUAAGAAAGAGGUAAUGUCGAAACUGGGAGAUUACAUCAGCAUGGUGCUUGGGUUUGUUGUUGGAUUUUGGGGUGCUUGUGGCAGCUUGAUUUUCAUCAGGUCAUGGAGAUAUGCAUACUUCAACUUCUUCAAAGCUUUGAGUGAUUGGUUCUCUCUGAGGCUAGCUUUGAUCAGACGCCGGGCAAUGAAAUAA